AUGUCCGGUGUAUCUCUUGCUGUAGCGCCUCAAGAUGAGGUUGACAGAGCCACAGGUGCUGACCAAAGAACUCUGAUAAAUCACCCGCAGCAGCAGUCAAGAGCAGUGGGGACUGUGUUGGGGUCAUUGCGAGUAACUGAGCUUCAACUAGUGGCCUUCAUUAUGGUUUUCUCAGCCAGUGGCCUCGUCCCACUUCUAGAUUUAGUCUUCCCCGCCUUUACAUCAGCUCAUCUACUGGCACUUUCACGUUUUGUCUUCCCCUCUCAUGGCAAGUCUUCCUCGAGCUCGCUGGAGAUCUUCCAAGGGAGCAAACUGUUCAGGUUUUAUGUUGUUGUAGGAACCACGGUCGGGCUGUUCUUGCCACUGGCUUACAUGUUAGGUGGAUUCGCCGGAGGGGAUGAUGAAGCAGUUCGCUCAGCCACACCUCACUUGUUCUUGCUCUCGUUUCAAAUACUAACUGAGAACAUCAUCUGCGGGUUAUCGUUAUUUUCAGCACCAGUGAGGGCACUGGUUCCAUUGCUUUAUACUGUCAGGCGACUCUUUCUGAUCAUUGACGGGAUAUCUGGUGUUUGGUUCAGCAGAACUCUGCCCGUCACUGCGGAACCAAAGGACAUGGCCUGGUUUUGGUUUCGGAGGGCUCUUGCUGUUGCCAAUCUAGUGUAUUUCUCAGCUAAUCUCUUCUGCUUCCUGAUUCCAAGGUUCCUUCCUCUGGCUUUUGAGAAGUACUUCAGGAAGAGAGAAGAGAUUCAGGGAAAGUAUGCAGAGGAUAAACGUUCAACCUCUGCAAACAAAUCUCAACCAACAGAUAAAAAAACUGACUGAUUCUGUUCCUUUAAAUGGCGUUUUCAUUUCUGCUCAUAAAAAAAUCCUUGUUUCAGACGAAGAUAUUGGUUUCUUUGUAAUGUAAAAGCAGUAGAUUUUCCCUUUGAUUUCUU